GACAUUUAUAAUUUGCUCCGCAAAACGUCAUUCAUGUCGCCGGAGGCAAAGACAGAGCAGAGUUCAGUUGUAGAGACUUGAUACAUAACUCCGAUCUUUAAAAGAUAAACGAAGAAAUAGUAAAAUAUUGUUUUGUAAUGAGAAGCCUAGGGUGACUAACAACAUGUGCUAGGAACCAAUUUUGUGUGACAUCUACCAAAACUGUCGGAGUUUCAGCGCUUUUGCCUGAUCGCCCAGGAAGUAUUGGGAGUUUGGGACCAUCGCGACUGUCAGAGGAAGCCUGGGCGGCUGGAAUAGGCGUGAUGUUCACUAAAGUUUCGGUCGCACGUCGCACUCAAAAUAAAACUCAAUUCCGGCUAGUUCCACUCCAUCAAAUGGAUUUCGUUUCGACAAAUUUAAUAAUGAAAACUUGCCUCUUUGAAGGAAACGUUUCUUCAUCUUCCAUUUAUUAAUAUCAUCACUUCAAUGGAUUAUCUUGUGGAAAUCUGCUCGUGCACGUUUGCUAUGAUGAAUAUGUUCGGAUUCAAAAUCGUUCCAUUUUCUUUUGACAUCAAAUUGAGGACUACUUUUUUGUCAAUAGUAUUGUCAAUAUUAUUUAUAGGCACACCAUCUGAAUGCAUAUCUUGGAAGUCUUGGUUCACAGAAGACCGGCUUAGCAGAAGCAUCCACAAUUCAGAUAGCUACCUCUUCCUAGAAUUUAACUGUUCGUCAUUUGAUUUAGAUUGUUCUCCAUGUGAUGCUGGGACCUUUGCUAAUUUAACAAACAAGGAUUGUGCCUGUUGCAGUGUGAAUGGAGAUUGCACCCAUGAACAACUGUGCAUCGAGUGUUCCGAGGGAGAAUACCAGCCAGUCCAGGGGCAGACGGGGUGCCUUUUAUGCCCCAAUGGGACAAUAUCAAACACAACAUCGGCGCAAAAGUGCCUGCCAUGCGCCAAAGGAACAGUGCAGCCUGUGGAAGGCCAGACAGUGUGCGAGGAGUGUGAACCGGGUUUUUUUGCAAACAGGACUGGGUUGUGGGAUUGUUAUCCCUGUGCGAAUGGGACUUUUUCAAAUGUUACUGCCAGCCACAACUGUACAAAAUGUCCGCCAGGACGCUAUCAACCAGACAAAGCGGCCACGGGAUGUGAGAUUUGUGAGCCAGGAUCAGCAGCUAUAUCUGCUGGAAGUCUGAAAUGUGACGUCUGUGAAGCGGGUACCUUUUCCAAUAAAUCUGGUAGCCCUUACUGUUCACCCUGUCCUCCAGGGAAGGUUGCUGCCGAGUCAGGCAUGGUGAAUUGUACGAGCUGUCCGAUUGGUCAGUUCCAACCCUCAGCCGGCCAAUCAGGAUGCGUGGAAUGUUUCCAAGGGGCCUACUGCAACCAUACAGGAUGUACUGUGUGUGAGGAGUGUCCAGCGGGUAUGGAAGCCAAACACACCGGAGCAGAAAACUGCACUCUAUGUGAUCCUGGUUACAGUAAACCCCUUGCUUCUAACUCGCUCUGCCUUCAAUGUCCCGAGGGAUUUUACCAGACUCAGUGGGGACAGACCUUCUGCAACCAAUGCCCAGCGAAUUACUAUUGCACUUGCUUCUCCUGUUCCCCUGUGCCUUGUCCAGACGGAGCGUUCUGCCCAGCAGGGAGCUACAUACCUAAUUACUUGACCUGCCUGCCUCUCUUCAGCAAGAAAAAUAUGACUUGUGUGCCCACUCCUGGUUUCUAUGUUGUGAUUGCACUGAUUGUAUUAGUGUGUGGCUUUUCUGUUGUCUUCCUGAUGAGUCGAUACCGAGCCAGGCAGAGGUACUUCAGGGUCAGAUUUGCCGAGUCAGACAGGCUCCUGUCUUCUACCAGAUCUGAAGAGGAACCUGUCUAUGAAGGUUUCUAGGAGGUUCCUGCCCGGAACCUUGAGGAUGAUCGAUGUCCUUGAGGACCUUGACAACACUUCUUCCAAUACCAUGAAACAUAAAGGCUCUUGUUCCAUUUGGGACCUAUUACACAUCUGAAGAUGAACUUGUCUGUCAAGGCUUCGAGAAGGUACCUACGUGGAAAUGAGGGGUUGAUUGACGUCCUUGACCAAAAUACUUCCAAUCUGGUGGAAUGGUUAAUACUGGAAAGGUGUUUGAUCCAGAGAGGAACCUAUCUUGGCUAUCUAUCAAGGAUUCUAGAUGGUAUCUACUUGGAACCUCGAGGAUGAUUGAUGUCCUUGACAACAGCAGUACUUCCAAUAGGGUGCAACUAGGUUAAUACUAGAAAGGCAUGUGAUAUGAAGAGACACCGGUCUAUCAAGGAUUCUAGGACGUUCCGUUAUUUGGAUUCUAGCUCUGGGAUGAUUGAUGUCCUUGAUAGCGGUUCUUCCAGUAGGAUGCAAAGUUAAAAAAGAAAAAUAUAAGGCUGGUGUACCUUUGGAGAUUUGUAUUCCAGGUUUCCAAUGGAACAAACCUGGAAGGACAAGAUUCAAGAGUUGCUCCAUGUAAAUUUGAAGUCAGAAUGGGGUAUGGUACUUUUACAAGACAGUGUACCCAAGUCAGCUGAUGUAGUACUGUCACAGACCUCUUGCAACAGAAAAACCUGCAGGGAUAUCGCUCUUAUGGUGAAGUAAGGAAUUACUACUUGUUUGUCCUUCUUUCAGUCAUAGGUAACAUUUUGUGUGUGCGAAAGGUCCUAUUUUAGAUGAUUUUUCCUACUUUUUUAGCAAAGUUUAAUGGCAUCAAUGAACUUGCCAAUAUGGGCCUUGUGAAGACUUCCCAAGAUUUGUCUGUGUCUUUUCCUAUACUGCCAUUGCCUUUGCAGAGUAGACUAAAUUUUUUAUGGCCCUCAUUCAAACUCUAGCAGGAUGAAAUACUACAGGUCCAUGAAAGCAGUCGUGAAGCAAACUUCUGCUAUUCUCCCAAAGUGAUUUAGGGAAACCUGAGAAAUACAGAAAUAUGAUACUCAACAGUUGUAUAAUAUGGAGAAAAAGCAUGGCGUGCUAAAAGCCCCUUUCACAAUUGAUGGUGCGACUGCUUACAACCGUUGCGAUUCUGUGCAACAUAUAUUGUGACCAAGUGAUCGCACGAGCAAUUGUGAAAGCCCCUUUAGCAAAAUAUGCGAUGACCAGUAUAAGCUGUAUUCUUUUUUAAUCUAAAACGAUUUCAUAAAUGAAUGGAUCUCGUACAAAAUAACAUUGGGUAAUUCCAAGUUCAGUGCUGACCAACUGGUGUUGGUGUUGAUUGUAUGAUUUCUACGUCAACAUAACACCAAACUGAAAACGGAGCUGGUCCAAGGAUGAAUCUGACCAGAAGUUGAGCUAUUGGUAAUGCGAUUUGGAUCAUUUAUUUUUUUGUAAACUCACAUUAGGUGUUGUUGCUUGGAAAAGCAAUCUCAGUUGUGCUUCCGACACCAGCGCCAGCACCGAACUUGAAUCACCCACUCAUUGAAAAAAAUAACCUGGAUAGAAUGUCUUGUCAGUUACAUACAUGUAUGAAAAUGCUCUCAACUGCAGUGUUGUAUUUUGUUUGUUCUGAGUCUUGACUCGUAUGUUUACUGGUGUAUAGAUACUAAGGUUUAUUUUUAUAUGAGAUUCUUUUUAAUUCCGGGAAGAUUCCAUUGUCCUGUUGUCUACUCUGUG